GGGACUGACCUCCUCUGGCCCCGCCCAGGUCCCGCCCCCGAGGACUCGGCCCCGCCCCCUCCGGACUCCCCAGCCCCGCCCCCGGCGCCUGCGAAAACCCGGAAAACGCCCGGGAUCGGCUGCUCCGAGUGCGGCCGGCGCCGCCGGACACCGGAAAAACCCGGAAAAAACCCAGAAAACAACCAGGAAAAAAACAUGGAAAAAACAGCGGAAAAAAUGGGGAAAAACGCAGAAAAAACGGGGAAAAAUGUGGAAAAAACAGGAAAAAAUGCGGAAAAAACUGGGAAAAACGUGGAAAAAAUGGGGAAAAAUGAGGAAAAAAUGGGAAAAAAUACAGAAAAACCGCAUCAAUGUGGGGAUUGCGGGAAAAGCUUCAGCCGAGGGUCGAAUUUGGCGCAGCACCGGAGGAUCCACACCGGGGAGCGGCCGCAUCGCUGCGAGGAUUGCGGGAAGGGAUUUAUCCAAAAAUCGGAUUUGGAGCGGCACCGGAGGGUUCACACCGGGGAGCGGCCGUACCCGUGCGGGGAAUGCGGGAAAAAAUUCAGCGUCAGCUCCCACCUGGAGCGGCACCGGAAAAUCCACGCGGAGGGACCGGGACCGCCGGGACGGAGCCGCGGGGAAACCGAGGAACCGGAGCGGGGACGGCGGCGCCACCGCUGCGGCCACUGCGGGAAAAGCUUCGGGCGGCGAUCGGCGCUGUCCGAGCACGGCCGGAGCCACCGGGGCGGGGCCGAGCGGCCGCAUCGGUGCGGGGAUUGCGGGAAAAGCUUCAGCCGAGGCUCCAAUUUGGCGCAGCACCGGAGGAUUCACACCGGGGAGMGACCRCACCGCUGYGARGAUUGCGGRAAAGGAUUUAUCCAAAAAUCCGAUCUGGAAAGACAUCGGAGAAUCCACACCGGGGAACGGCCGUACCCCUGCGGGGAAUGCGGGAAAAAAUUCAGC